CCAACACCCACCACAACCAUCAUCCGACCGACAAGAGACGGUCGCUGUAGCAGCCAGGACGGCGAUCGAGUGCAGAGACGUCGACCCAGAGCCCAAGUGAUAUUGCCACCAGCGCUGCCAAGUUCACAAUGUCCAAGCCAUCGGAACUGGCCAAGGAAGCCCUGGCCUCAACCAAGAGCCUCAACAACAUCGUGUCGCUCCUGCAGCUCUGCGAGUCGACAAGCCAGAAGACAUCGCACGAUGCCAUCGUGGCCCUGGCCCACGUCUUUGUGAAGCUGUUUGAGCGCGGCGAGUUCCUCAAGCCGCAGUUACAGGAUUCAAGCCGAACUACCGUUUUGGCUCCGAAAGUUGUCGAAUGGCUGAAGGAGAAUCUCCUGCUCUUCAAUACUCUGCUCAUUGGCAAGCUGGAUCACAAAGAGCCCGCUAUUCAGAUCGCCGCCCUUUCGAGUCUUGUCAAGAUCAUCAAGCACGAAAGCGAGAACCUCAGCAAGAACGAGGGAUGCUGGUGCUUCUACAACCAGCUCUAUCAGCGUGUUGUCGAAGCCCUUGUCAACGUCCACGAUCUCAACGAGCAUCUGCUUAAGAAUUGGGUGCAGCUGGUCGAUGAAUAUGACGACUUGCGAUUCUAUUUUUACAAAAAUCUGACUACAUACGUUACCGAGUUGAAUACCCACAAGCAAACAUCUGGGGCCAAGCGCUCUCGCCGCACCCCAACAUCGGACCAAACGCGGAUCAUGCAAAAUGGGUUUGAGAUUCUGAAGACGAUGCAGAGUGUCCCGAUCCAGGAGGAUGACAUCAAUUCAUUCCUUUGCGAAGCCCCGUUCGAGUCCAAGAAUCCCGACAAGAAAGACAAGCCAAAGAAGAAAAAGAAGGCGCCAAAGAUUCGAAAGCCAACCCAGAGCAUGCUCGACGUUGAUCUUGAUUUUGGGCUUGACGACGAUAUCGGUCUUGACGAUGAGGAGGCCGAGAAAGACGGCACCCGAACGAAUCCCGUCCAGCUGCUCUCGCAGCACAAGAAGGUCUUUGGCGAGUGCUGGGUGGCGCUUCUGCGCCUGCCGCUUACCGAGGAGAUCUACAAGAGGACCCUCCUCAUCAUCCACAAGAAGAUCAUUCCGAACAUGAACCGCCCGGCCCACUUGAUCGAUUUCCUGACGGACUCGUACAACGCAGGCGGUGCCGUCAGCCUCCUGGCCCUGAACGGUCUCUUCACCCUUAUUCAAGAGCAUGGCCUGGACUAUCCAUCGUUCUUCCCCAAGCUCUACGCCCUGCUUGACCGCAACAUUAUGUUUGCCAAGCAUCGAUCGCGUUUCUUCCGUCUCCUGGAUCUCUUCCUUUCGUCGACUCAUCUGCCGUCCUAUCUCGUGGCGGCCUUCAUCAAGCGCCUUGCUCGCCUGGCUCUGACUGCCCCUCCCGCUGGCACCGUCAUCAUCAUCCCGUUCAUCUACAAUCUGCUCCGGAGACACCCUUCGACCAUCCAAAUGAUCCACGUCGACGGAGGCAGUUCCGCACCCAGCGUCGAGACAGAUGUGUAUGACUUUGCCGAGCCCGAUCCGGCCAAGUGUCACGCUCUCGAUAGCUGUCUCUGGGAACUUCAGGCUCUCAAGUCACAUUACAUGCCUAGCAUCUCUGGACUGGCCCGGACCUUCGAGGAGCCGCUCUCCAAGCCCUCGUAUGACCUCGAGGACUUUUUGGACCAUACCUAUCAAUCGAUGUUCGAUGCAGAGAUCAAGCGACGCAAAGUCGACGAGUCAGUGCCACUCGCGAUUGUCAAGAAGGACGAGCCCCUGUUUGCGGCGUCGGCAAUCUGGCAAUACUAGCGCAGAUGCCUCCCUCCAAAGCACAUCAUAAUACACUGAGGAUCAUCUCUCGGUGGCCUCUUGGCCAAACACACAUUGAUGCGGUAGCGGGAUGUUCAGGUGGAAGCUAUCAUUACAAGCUCUGCUUCGCUCGGGUUCUUUGUUCAAAGCGACUGGUCGAUUGG